AUCACGAUAACAAAACGCAAUUAACGUGACAGUCGGUAAAAUAAGAUUGCUGAAAAAAUUGCGUAUGUCAAUUUUUGCACAAAAAUAUUUUGCUUUUUUGCGGCUUGGAAAAUCUAAUUAAUUACGAAAAUAUCUGUAAUUUAUCAAAGUCUUUUAAGUUUUAAAUUGUCUGCAUAUCAUUUCAUCGUAUUCUUAAUAAAAUGCUUGCUGUUUUAAUGUUAAACCGUAAGAUGCGCUCUCGCAGGCAGAGCUUACGUAAAAAACAGGCAAAACCUGCGAAAAACGGGGAAAAUACUGAAGUUUUUGAGCAAGUAUCGGAUUACUGUAGAACCUGUUUGAUAAAUAAAAACUUAAUGGACAUUUUCUACACGGAAGAGACCGCGAAAAAGCGGUCACAAGAUUUGAAAGAAGUGACAGGUUUGGAGAUUAAACUAAAUGAUGGUCUAUCUCAAAAGAUGUGUACAAAAUGCAUAGAUACAUUUAAUUUAGCGCUACAAUUUAGGAUUAAAAGUGUAAAAACUGACCAAAAACUACGUAAACUAUUCCAAAAUCCACAAAUCUUUGAAGCGGACAACGAUGACGCAGAAUAUUUUGUGGAAUACGAAAUCUUAGAUGAUGAUGUUGUAGAGGCAUCAUUUAAUAAUAAUAUGGAUGAUGAAAAUAUUGUUGUGGACCAGAAUGUUGAGUAUAUUGACGAAAAUAUCAGUCAUGAGUAUUUAGAGAUAGACAAUUUGGAUCUGNUGGAUCUUCAAGAGAAACAGAUUCAACGCUCCAGGAGUUUGUCCGGUGACAAACCAGGCAAGGUCUACAAAUGCAAUGUGUGCGACAAGGAGUACAAUAGGAAAGUGACGUUCAAAGCACACAUGCGAUCACACAACAGCUAUUGUAUUUGUGAGGAAUGCGGUAAGCGUUGCUUCAGCAAUACGAUCCUGCUGGAACACAAGCGAGCCAUGCACGGUCUUGCCAGGAUACACAACUGUUCCUACUGCGACUACAGUUCUGCCACCAAAGCUGGACUUGUGGUUCACGAGCGCCGGCACACGGGCGAGCGCGAAUUCGUCUGCGAACAUUGCGGCGCGAGCUUCCACUCGCGAGCGGGGCUCGUGCAGCAUCUGCCGAUACAUUUGCCGGAGAGCAACUAUGAGUGCAACAUCUGCCAAAAACGUGAGAAAUCCAAACGGUUGCUUCAACACCACUAUCACAAGGUGCACAAAGAAAAACGCCUCCGUUACCUCUGUCCAGUAUGCGAGGAUGUUUUCAAAAGCAGCAGCGCGACACGACAGCACCUGACAAAAAGUCACGGUGUGGCACGACACGACCAGUCUGCUAUACAGCGGUUUGAGUUAUCAGUUCCUGAUUCAACAUAAGAGUAAAAGGUGGCUGUAGAUGAUUCUACUACGAUUUUA